CACCGCGGGAUGGGGGCAAAACAAAAAAAUCUAUUAGGCAUACCAAACUGAAACGACGGAAUAAACAAAGGGUUCACCAUUACUUGAGUAUGACAGGCAGCGUAUUGUGCAGGGUAAUUAUUCACGGCCACAUUCUCGUCCAUAUUGUACAGAAUAAUGCAUACAAAUAGAUACAAUACUCGGUUGUGCUAGGUAAACAAGCGCUAUCAUAAACGUUCCGAACCGGAAUAAAGCAGCGAAAGCUUAAGACGCCUGCAGCCUAAGUAUAUUUUUGUUCUCGCUCGGACGGUCUCGCGAACGCAGAUACUUUAUUUCCAUUACAGAACAACCGUCACAGCAGAAAACAAACCAGGAGCAAUUCACAGAGACGGACGCUGUACGAUCCCAUUUCCCUUCGCCGGGCAUCACUACAUUGCGCUAGCGCGAAGCAAAUCAUCUGGGUAGUUUUUUAUGGCGUUAUAAUCCCUUUCCGCUUCCUCGUGGUUAUUCUUUGUACAACGAAGGGACGUGGGUUCAUGACAUAUUCAAGUGGGACGGACAAUAUUCGGAGGCUCUCACUACAGAUGUUAGGGAAAUUACCCCCAAGAUGACAAAAGAACGACUUGGGCAAAUGGAAUGAUGGAUCGGUUUGGAGCGCCAGAGCUUCUGUUGAUCAAAUGGAUAUGUAUACGGUUCGCUUUGGACUGCGUUGUAGCCUGCAGUGGGAAAGUGGAGAUCCACUCAGAGAGAAGGGGUGUGAUCUACAGCCCCUCCUGGCCCCUAAACUACCCCCCCGGAGUCAACUGCUCCUGGAACAUCCAAGGAGACAGGGGAGAGGUCAUUACCAUCAGUUUCCGUAACUUCGACCUGGAGGACUCAGGUCGCUGCCAGGGGGACUGGCUGCUCCUGGGACCCACAUGGAGGGAGGAGUACCGGGUGUGUGGCUCUAUGCUACCCCCUCCGUUCAUCUCCUCCAGGGGGAGAGUCUACCUCUACUUCCACUCUCAGACCAACAGCUCUGGACUGGCCCAAGGCUUCAGAUUGUCUUACAUCAGAGGUCGUCUAGGCCAGUCCAGCUGUCAGUCUGAUGAGUUCCUCUGUGGUAACGGUAAAUGUCUUCCCCGGGCGUGGCGCUGUAAUGGCCUCGAUGAGUGCGGAGACACUACAGAUGAGCGGAGCUGUGCCCCGCCCCCCACUCCUCACCGCGCAUCCCUGUGUUCCCUCGGAACCCUCCCCUGCGCCCAGGCCCAGUCCACCCGGUGCCUGCCCCCCUCGCUGCGCUGUGACGGAGCCCGGGACUGCCCCGACGGCUCGGAUGAAGCCGGGUGUCCUGACACAGCCUGCGGGAAACGCCUGGGGAACUUCUAUGGAACAUUCGCUUCUCCUGACUUCUUCCGUCCCAACCGCAGUGCUGUGGGAGAGCUGAGGUGCUCCUGGCAGUUGGACACACAGGACCCCAAGCCCAUCAUUUUGCAGCUGGACCUGGGGCUUGGUCCUGCAGACUCCCUCCAUGUGUAUGAUGGGCUGGUUCAGAGGGCAGAGCGCCUCCUGCAGGCCCUGUCGCAUCAUAACAACCGCAGACCAGCCAUGCUGGAGUCCAGCCGAGGACAGAUGAGUCUGCUGUAUAUGGCCCAGCCACGGAGCCCUGGGCACGGAUUCAACGCAACGUACCAGGUGAAGGGAUACUGUUUUCCUGGGGAGCACCCAUGUGGCGGGGACCAAGGCUGUUUCUCUGAACGGCAGCGCUGCGACGGGUACUGGCACUGCCCCACGGGUCGCGAUGAGGAGGACUGCCUGGUCUGCCAGGACGGGGAGUACCCCUGCGAGGGCGCCAGUGGAGUCUGCUACCCGCCGUCCGAACGAUGCAACAACCAGAAGAAGUGCCCUGAUGGGUCGGAUGAGAAGAACUGCUUUGACUGCCAGCCCGGGAACUUUCACUGUGGCACCAACCUGUGCAUCUUUGAGACGUGGCGCUGCGACGGGCAGGAGGACUGUUUGGACGGCAGCGAUGAGAGAGACUGCCUAGCAGCAGUGCCCAGGAAGGUGAUCACUGCAGCACUCAUUGGCUCACUGGUCUGUGGCCUCCUUCUGGUCAUCGCUCUGGGCUGUGCCUUCAAACUCUACUCCCUCCGGACCAGAGAGUACAGAGCUUUUGAGACCCAGAUGACUCGUUUGGAGGCAGAGUUUGUUCAGAGAGAGGCUCCACCCUCCUACGGUCAGCUGAUUGCCCAGGGCCUCAUUCCACCUGUUGAAGACUUCCCUGUAUACAAUCCUACUCAGGCGUCUGUGCUCCAGAACAUUCGUACGGCGAUGCGGCGGCAGAUCAGACGACAUUCCUCCCGGCGGGCCACAUCUCGCCGUCGCCUCGGCCGCCUGUGGAGCCGCCUCUUCCACCGAGGAACCCGUUUCCGGGGCCAGACACCCCUCCUCACCCCGCCCGGCCCCCACCCGGGUCAGGUGGCCCUCGGCCUGCACUCCUAUCACACCACAGGGAGGUCCGGGGGCGGCGGGGGGCCGAUGACAGCGAGGACCCCAUCGCCCUGCUCCACAACCCCGCAGGCUCUGUCCGAGUCUUACCCCGCCUCGGAGUCACCCCCGUCACCCCUGUCCCCCGUCUCCCCCUCUGACAGCGAGCUGUCCGCAGGUUCCCCGUGUUCCCCAGAGAGCCGGGGAGGCAGAGUGAGUUUCCCGUCCAGCCCCGGGCAGGAGGACGUCUCCGCAGCGCCCCACCCCUGCUCGCUGGCCCAGCAGCGCCUCACGGAGGGCGACACGUGUCAUUACACCCGCCGGGCCUCCAGGAAAAUGGUCCUGGGCCUGGCAGCCAACCUGAGAGGGGUGGCCUUCCGGCAGUACUCCCCCCUGGGGCUCCCCUCCCCUGUUACUCCCCCCGUCCGCACCCCUGACCCGCAAACGCCCCUUUUCCACCCCUUGACCUCGCCCCAGACAUCAUCCCCAUCAGAGGACAGUGAGAGGGACCAGGGCCACCCUGAGCUGGACGUUCUGGGCAGCAGUGAUGAGGAGGGAGGUGAGACCCUGGUCCGCUACUAGGGACCUACCUGGGCGUGAAGACAGACGUCUGUGUUCGCCCGGAAUUAACGGCAUUGUCACGAUAACUGUCAGUUAUAAUGUACAUCUAGAACAUUGUCGUGGACCACAGUUUCUUUAUAUUACAUCUUCAAACGACUGCCACUUCAAAUGUUGGAGCCGUCGAUGUUCCCUGUAGCCGUCACAAACAUUAACAAACGGGUUUCAUUUGAAACAUUUCUCUAACAGUGCCAUGUAUAUUGUUAAUGAACGAGAUCACAUUCUGUUUGGUCGAUGUCGAUCAUUUUCGGUUUAUAGUUCCAGCUGGUAGGGAACUGUCUUUUCUAACUUGACCAGGUGCCAACACACAAACACACACGUACACAUACACACAUACACACAAAACACACACACACAAUACACGCAAUCAAACACACACACUAUCAUAGAAAGACAGGGCCUAUUUCGACAGAAGGCAGCCCAGUGGUUGAGCAUCAGUAACCAGAAGGUUACUUGUUUGAAUCCCUGACCCGGAAAAGGGAAUAAAUGUCUGUUGUUUAAGACAGUUCUUCCCUAAUUGCUCUUUGGGCUCCUGGUGUGGAAGCCACCCAAACAGUUACAGUUUGGUGAAUUUCUGAAGGAUAUUAGACUGUCACAAUCUGAAAGUCACAAAGCUUACACCCCUCCUCCCAUGUCCUGUCACCCCCCCCCCACCUUGAUUCACACCCCCCGGCCUCACUCAGGGCAUUUCAUCCACUAACUGACACUGACUGGGUGGUGUGGUUUAGUCGGACAUCACCGUCUGGAUUGCUGAAAUGACAAAUAGGUUGCAACAGGAAGAGGAUGUUCUGAAGUGUUGUUGUACACGUGAUGUCCAUGUUUGAGAUGUCCGAGUGUGAGAUGUCUCUGUGACAUGUCUGAGUGUGAUGUCUCUGUGACAUGUCUGAGUGUGAUGUCUCUGUGACAUGUCUGAGUGUGAUGUCUCUGCGACAUGUCUGAGUGUGAUGUCUCUGCGACAUGUCUGAGUGUGAUGUCUCUGUGACAUGUCUGAGUGUGAUGUCUCUGUGACAUGUCUGAGUGUGAUGUCUCUGUGACAUGUCUGAGUGUGAUGUC